AGAAAAGAAAAGAGAGAGGGGGGCAGCAGCAGCAGGAGGAGAGCAGCAAGGAAAACCCCUAAAACCCUUAGAACAGGAGGCAAGCAAGCAAAAGCCAAAAGCUUUCAAGAAGACAACCCACAAAUCUCACAACCCUUCAUUUCUCUUCUCUCUUCUCUCAGAGUCUACCCAGCUUUCUUCUUCUUCAAUUCAGAUUCAUAAUCAUGAAGCUCCUCCUGUAGCAACCCCGCCUUGUACAACCCACAAAACAAAAAAGAUGAAGUCUUUGCGAGCUCUCAGGACUCUCGCCGCCCUCCACACCCGCCACCGCCCUUCCCCCGCCGCCUUCUUGCGCCGCCCCUACUCCGCCCAGCCUCAGGAGGACUCCGACCACAACGACUCCGAUUCCGUCUUCAACAGCGCCGAUUACGCCCUCCCCCCCGCCGCCGCCGCCGACGCCGACACCGACUGCCGCGCCUCUCGGCAACCCACCUGGAGCCACGAGCACCGGAGGAGGGCCGACGCGGUUUUGUUCGGCGAUAAGGCCGUGAGGGUUCUGGAGGUCGAGGAGGAGAAGGAGGAGGAGGAGGAGGACAAGAAGGGGGAUUUGGAGGAGGAGGAGAAGCGGAGAGUGCUCGCCAAGGCGCUGCUCCAGGCCGCCUUGGCAGCUCCGGAUGAGGACGACGACGACGAGGAGACGGCAGUGAGGGAGGAAGAUCAGAAGUCUUUGGCGGUUGGAAUAAUCGGCGCGCCCAAUGCUGGGAAGUCCGCUCUCACUAAUUAUAUGGUUGGAACAAAGGUUUCUGCUGUCUCACGGAAAACAAAUACAACCAUUCAUGAAGUGCUAGGAGUUAUGACAAAGGAAGAUACUCAAAUAUGCUUCUUUGAUACCCCUGGGCUUACGUUGACUUGCAGUGGGUUUCCCCAUAAGGACUUGAAAGCACGUGUUGAAAGUGCUUGGAGUGCAGUCAAACUCUAUGAUGUGCUCAUAGUAUUAUUUGAUGUUCACAGGCACCUUACCAGACCUGAUAUGAGGGUAACUAAAUUGAUUGAACGAAUGGGAACUCAAGCUCACUCUGGACAAAAGAGGGUAUUAUGCAUGAACAAGAUUGACUUAUUGGAGAAAAAGAAGGACCUCCUGCAGGUUGCAAACCAAUUUAAAGAUCUUCCUGGUUAUGACAGGUAUUUCAUGAUAUCUGGACUCAAGGGUUCUGGGGUGAAGGAUCUUUCUCAGUAUCUCAUGGAGCAGGCAGUUCAAAGACCUUGGGAUGAAGAUCCAAUGGAGAUGAGUGAGGAAGUCAAAAACAUUUCUUUGGAAGUUGUGAGAGAGAAGUUGUUGAACUACAUACACCAGGAAAUUCCCUAUGAGAUUGAGCAUCGCUUGAUGGGCUGGAAAGAGUUGCGGGAUGGUUCUCUGAGAAUUGAGCAGCACCUCAUUACCCACAAGCAAAGUCAGCGCAAGAUUUUGGUUGGAAAGAAAGGCUCUAAAAUAGGAACAAUAGGGAUUGAAGCAAAUGAAGAGCUAAGAUCCAUCUUCAAGAGGGAUGUCCAUCUCAUUCUCCAGGUUAGAGUAAAGUGAUACCAUUUGUAUCGAGAUGAUUUCUACAGCAGAUUCUUUGUCUUGCCGUCCUUAUGGUGGCUACAUAAGGAAAGUUCUUCAUGAUCCGUAUGCACCUACUUCAUAUCACGUCACGAUUCUCGUGACGAGCAGCAGUCAAUGAUGGUAAUUGCUGUGGAGACUCGUGACAAGCAGCAGUCACUGAUGGUAAUUGUGGUGCAUCCACACCGCUGUGAAAAAGGUGCUGAGCAAGAACGGGACUAGAUGCCGCUGCAAUGCAAAAUCCUAUGAGGAGAUUCACAUGUGACACUAGGUGGAGAAAGUUCAAGAUGGAAUGCCUCUUAUAGUCUAUUGCUGUGUUGUUUCUUUUCCCCUGGUUUUGUUUCUAAUAAGGGUCAAUCAUGGUGAAGGUCCAUCUUAUGUUUCGUCUAUGAAGGGAGUUACUUUGAAUUCUUGCGGUAAUCACUGUAUACCUCAUUUCACAGAAGAAGCUAUUUUGCGUUUCAAUGUCAUGUACAUAAUACACCUCCAAAAGACAAUGGAAGCACCAUUCUUUUUUUAAA